UCUGCGAGGGACGGCGCGGCGCGGGCGUAAAGCAUCAAGCUGCAAGCGGUCGGCGGCGUUCAGUGUACGCGCGUCCAACAACGCGAGUGGUUGUACGGCAUGCGAGAAGCGGCUGGCAGAAUGGCCGAGCUCGAGUUCGAAGCGCCUCUCGCGCAAAUCGAAGAGGCAGACGAUUGUCUUUCCACUGCUGACUACCCACAAAAAACCAUAAAUGGUAACGACAUACGUCUUAACAACAUUAAAAAUGUCAAAAGUGAAAUGGUCAAAAUGAAAACUGACUCCAACAAAAUAAACGAUAAUGAGGAACCUAAACCGGUGAAGUGCAAACAGGACAAUAUUAUGCAAAACGGCGAAGGAGACAAUUUCACGGAGACUUUCUCCGGUUCACUGGAAGAUUUGGUGAACACUUUUGAUGAGAAGAUCACCAAGUGUUUCGGAAACUAUGAAGAGAGCGUGGAAAAGUUGGCUCCAGUGCAAGUUCGCAGCCAGGAGGAGAUUAUGAACGAAUGCCAAAUGUGGUGGACGAUCACGGGAAACUUCGGAAACAUCCUCCCGAUUGACUGGACUAAAUCGUUCUCCAGGAAGAUGCACAUCCCUACUUUGAACCUAAAUGACAAGAAGAGUUCAAUGACUCCUGACGACGAGAUCCACAGCUCGGAGGAUGAAGCCGUAGCUUCAGACCUGGACAUGCACGCUCUUAUCUUGGGCGGACUCCACCAGGACCACGAGUGCCCAGUCAAGACUGCUGAUGAGGUGAUCCAGGAGAUAGAUGACAUGAUGCAAGACACUCCGUCAUCAGAAGGUGACAUCAUCGAGUACAACGAGGCUUUGGAGAAAGGGAAGGAGGUACUCAGCUCGCCGCUCUAUGAAGAUAAGCUGCGCACCUACUCGCUUGCUCAACUGAACGAAAUAUUCAUGGAGUUGGAAGUCCUCAUUCGCGAGUUCUCGGAGACUCUGAUCGCUGAGCUGGCUUUACGUGAUGAACUGGAGUAUGAGAAGGAGCUGAAGAACACCUUCAUAUCUCUGCUGCUGGCUGUUCAGAACAAGAGGCGGCAGUACCAUAUUGAGAAGAAGAAGAGGCCACAAGCACCACGGUCGCCUAAUCUGAAUGGUGGCCAUUCUGAGUCUAAGUACUUGACUACGGUGAUACCGUUCCACCUAGACAACGGUCCCCCGGACAACCAGUCGCUCCAAGUGCUCAUUAAGAUUCUGAAGGCGAUCAACGAGGACAGCCCGACCGUGCCGACUCUAUUAACAGACUACAUCCUAAAGGUCCUGUGUCCAACAUAAAUACCCCACGACUCUAGCCAAUUGAAACAAUUUAUUGAACACAUUCAACAUUUCAACAUUUGCACUAUACACAUGUAACAGGUUUUAGACCAUAUCAUUGUCUACACUGAUAAUUUUGUUCACUUAGAAAUAAAUUUAUUCAAAUAGUUGUUAUUGACUGUAGGGAUAAGGGUGCAGAUUUGUACAAUCUCUUCUAUUAUAUGAGCGUUUUAACAUUCAUAAUUAUAUUCCUAAUUCAUAGUAUUGCUCAAAAGGCUUAGGACGAGUUUAAAUUACGUUUAUUUAAAAUAUUCGAAACGAGACCGCGUUCGACGCUGUGAUUCGUUCGUUCACGGAAGCCGGCCAAUCAAAGUGCCGAAUGCGUUCGCGUUUCGACGACUUUAAACGUACAACAAAUUCGUACUAAGCCUUCAGGAAGCAAAGGGCGUCGGGUCAUAAAGUAGGUACUGUUGAAAUUUCUCAGUAAAGGAAUGAAAUCUCCAUUAUUGGACCCGCUUUUCUAGCAAUAAACUUUGUCCCUUAUUAAAUGGGACUUAUUGCGUGAGGCGAAGAGUGUGUUACAUUUAACAUGUGCACCUCUACCUACUAAAGUUGAACGCACACUUAUCCGAGCCAAACGCGUCGAACGAGUCGAACGAAACGAACUUUAGAAUUCUGUAUAUGAAAUCUCAUAAAACCUCGCACACUUCCCCGCGUCGAAUCGUCUGACGCCAAAGUAUGCGAAGUUUCAUGAAAUUUUAUACACAGAAUUCUCUAGUUCGUCUAGUUCUACACGUUCGACGCGUUCGGCUCGGAUAAGUGUGCGUCCACCUUAAUAGGAGAGCAUGUUAUGUCUAGAUCUAAAGCACCUUUAUCGAAACUGUCUAAAUUCAUAUUUCAAAUAGAAUAAAUAUUUCAAUAAUAAAAAUUGAUAUUAAAUAAAAUAUUCGUCGUGUAUUGAUAUUAUUAAAGGAAACACAUUUUACAAGACAAUUGAUAUCCCAUUAUUUUAAUUUGCGAUGUUAUGUUGUAACCAAUAAGAGCCAUAUUUUAUUGGGACACCAUUCUACGUGUAUCUUACCUGAUGGUAACAUGGUUCCUCAAAUUGUACCCGGCGACCACGUUUGUGGUUGUAGACAGCCGGGUAGCGCGACUAAUCGUACGACAAUGGUGUUGCAAUAAACGUGGACCCCAAGCAUCGAACAAAAAUAUUGUUGUUCUGUUGAAAUGUUCAAGUCAUUGCCAUAACAACAAUUCUUUUGGUGAUUUAUUCCAAUUUGUAAUAUAAUAUUAUACUUAUAUUCAACUACAUUAUAUAUAUAUCUUUAUUUGCAUAAAUGAACUGUGAUAUCAUUAAGAUAGUUUUAAUUAUUGCUUCCUUUAAGAUUUACAUGAAUAUUUGUUAUUUUAAAUUUUAAAUAUCUCGAACAUUAUUACCUAUAUUUAUUUUAGAUUUUUAAUAUCGUCAUUACAUCAAUUGUCACCGGGAUAAUGUGAAUUCAUUAUGUAAAUAUUUUAAAAUUAUAUGUUACGUAACAUUGAAAAGUGGAAUUGUCCUCUCAUAUUAACGUUUAUGUAAUUUAAGAUACUUAGGUAUUCAGAAGAAGCUUGUAAAUAGAUUUAAAUAUCAGCUUCUAAUAUUAGCUUUAUUUUUAUUUAACUGACUGCGUCGGUCUCGGGCUUGGGUGUGAUUCUAAGUUAUUAUUGUCAUUUUUGAAUAUAGAAAUGGUCAAUAAUAGUUCGGAGUCUUGAGUGUCUGGGCUUACCCCCGGGUGAUAGGUAAAUGGCCCCCUUAUUAAAAAUAAACCGCACGCUCCAAUUGCAGUCGGCAUGCAGUCGUGGGUACUACACGCCGACUGCAAUCGGACUGCAUGGUUGGUUUGCAGUUCUAUUGCAGUCGUGUCAACUGCGCAUUUAAAUUGCAUCCGAUCUGCAAAUUUUCAGUUUGACUGCAUUUUAACUGCCAAUUUUCAGUUGGACUGCAUUUUAACUGUAAAUUUUCAGUUGGACUGGUUUUUAUAUGAAAAUUUUCAGUUGGACUCCAUUUCACUGAAAAUUUUCAGUUGGGCUGUAUUUUAACUGAAAAUUUUCGGUUGGACUGCAAUUUAACUGCAAAUUUUCAGUUGGACUGCAUUUAACUGCAAAUUUGCAGUUGGAUUGCAGUUAAAAUGCAGUUCGUCUGUCUAGAGCCUAAAAGUGUUACAUUUUAUAUGUAUACGUAUCAUCAUGGGGAAUGAUAGGGCGAGAUCUUAUUUUAACAAUUGACUUCAAUUUUUAGUAUAAGAACAUCGAAUUUUGUUUUUCAAUUAGUAUUUAGCUUCCUAAUUAUAGUGUGCCCGAAAUAAACCAGCUAAUGUUUAGUAAUCCAUUAAUCAUGAAAUUUUAGAAUACAUUGUUAGAUUUAAGUUGUAUCUCUAGUCUCAACAUGUAGUAGUCAUAUUUGUUAUUACUUUAAUCGAUGGCAGGAAGCUUGGAUGUUAAAAUAAAAUAAAUAAUCGCAUGAUAAAAGUACGUAAUAACUUGUUGUAUGGUCAAAAACAUUUUGUUCUAUGUACGAGAAGGUAUGUGCAUUGUUUUACAAAGUAUGCUUUUGUCGCACAUUUCAAAUUUGAAUAGUAGGAUCACUUUGUGCGUUAUAAAGUGCUGAACGAAUGAAAUGGACAAGGUACUCAAUAAGUUAUAAGUUUGGUGGUUAUUUAACAUAAAAUUAUAAUUAUCGACUUCAUAAAUAUUGACGUAAAACGGUCUGUGCAGACGGGCCACGUUUUAUGUCAACCUUUGUAAACAGUUACUAUAUAUACUGAAUAUCUCACAAAGUGGUCUAAGAAUAUCCCAUAAUGCAACUGAGUGAAUUUCUCGAUGGAUCGUUAUCAAAACCCAAGUUAAAUUGAUGCCAGUAACCAAAAGUCCCUCGUCUGCACAGGCCUUAAAUAUUUUAAAGAUUACUAAGAUAAUUUAUGUAUGUGAACCAGCUGGUUUGAUUGUAACUGUAUGUAAUAGAUGUUGCCUAUCGUACGCCUACCUGGCUUGAACAUUAUACAUUUUGUGAACACAUUGUAAGUACCUGGUCGAAAUAAAGGAGCUUGAAUGAUA